UCCUCUCCUACCCAUCCCUAAAACCAUUCUUUUCAUCUUAUUCUAUUUUCACUAGCAUAUGUCUCAGAGACCUUCAGUCCCUCACUCUUCUUCCAUUGCUUUUAGCCUCCAUUCCCAUCUUCUCGUCUCCAGUGACUUGAGUCCCAACUGGGUUUCAUCUUUAUAAAGUUUUUUUUUCUUGAUUUUUGCCUUUUUUGGGUUCCAUAUUUUUCAUUCUUUUUUAACCAGCAAGGAAAAACAAAUUAGAGGAGAGAUUACUAACCAUGGGUGUCAAAGGUUUUGUUGAAGGUGGGAUUGCUUCCAUUGUUGCUGGCUGCUCCACUCAUCCUCUCGAUCUGAUUAAGGUCCGCAUGCAGCUUCAAGGGGAGAACUUGCCAAAUCCUCACCAUCAAAUACACAACCUACGCCCUGCUUUCGCCUUCAAUUCCUCCGCUUCUGCUGCCGUCAUUCCUCCUAACUCCAUCCAUGUUCCUUCCCCAGCGCCGCCACCCCGCGUUGGUCCAGUCUCUGUCGGUGUCCGCAUUGUACAGGCUGAAGGCGUUGCUGCAUUGUUCUCCGGUGUUUCCGCCACUGUUCUCCGUCAGACACUCUACUCCACCACUCGCAUGGGCCUGUACGAUGUUCUCAAACAGAAGUGGACCAAUCCAGAUACCGGAAGCAUGCCGUUGGUGAGCAAGAUCACCGCUGGACUAAUCGCCGGAGGAAUCGGUGCGGCCGUCGGUAACCCAGCUGAUGUGGCCAUGGUCAGGAUGCAAGCCGACGGACGGCUUCCUCUGGCUCAGCGGCGCAACUACAAUGGCGUGAUUGACGCCAUCACGCGAAUGUCGAGGCAGGAAGGAAUAGCCAGCCUGUGGCGCGGGUCUUCCCUGACUGUCAACCGCGCAAUGAUCGUGACCGCAUCGCAACUGGCGUCCUACGACCAAAUCAAAGAAGCGAUUUUGGGGAAGGGAGUGAUGAAGGACGGGCUGGGGACACACGUGACGGCGAGCUUCGCGGCAGGCUUUGUGGCUGCGGUAGCAUCAAAUCCGGUGGAUGUUAUCAAGACUAGGGUUAUGAACAUGAAAGUGGAGGCAGGAAAAGCCGCGCCGUACAACGGGGCCAUUGACUGCGCAAUGAAGACAGUGAAAGCUGAAGGGGUUAUGGCCCUUUACAAGGGGUUUAUACCUACGAUUUCAAGGCAGGGGCCUUUCACUGUGGUUCUUUUUGUGACGCUUGAGCAAGUUAGGAAAUUGCUCAAGGAUUUUUAAUCAAUUAUUGAUGAUGAUGACAAAAUUAUUAUUAGUAUUGGUUUGAGUCAUAAGAAAUUGAAAUGCAGUCUUAUUAUUAUUGAUAAUAAAAUUAUAAUUUAGAUUUUUUUUUUAAA